CUCUUCCUUUCUCCAGAUUUCAAAUGAGAAGGGAUCACUGUUCAGGAAUAAUUUAUUUUAAAGAAGACGGAUGAUAUGAAAUUCAAAAUUACAGAGAAUCUUUUUGAUAUUGAGGACAAUUUGGAGAGAAAUUUAGGGGUUGAUAAAAUUUGUGGUGAGGUCAAUAUGGUAUGUUCGGAAUUGCAUUACAUAGCUGCUAAGACAACUGAGUCCACUAAACUAUUGCGAAUGCACAUGUCCAAAUUUUUCGACAUAAUUAAGGCUAAUAUCGUUGAUGGCCCAAUAAUACUUAACAAUCUGAUCAAGCAUUUAAGAGGAACAAAUGUGGCAGCAUCAAACAAAAUUGAGGAAAAGUUAGACUGCGGACGUUUGGAGUUGCCUUUUCCUGUCUACUUUGCUGCCGAAAGAGGAUUUGUGCCUUUAAUUUAUAAAUUACUUCGAGAAAUGGUGAUCCAGAUCAAGCAGAUUCUAAUGGUAGAAAAGUUUUGCAUUUUGCAGCCGCCAAGGCAAAUGUUAUUAUGGUAAAGAUUUUGUUAAAAUACAAUGCCUAUCCUAACUUUAGAGAUGUUGAUGGUAUAGUUCCGCUUUGGAAUGCAUUGAAGACAACUUCUUAUGAGUGUAUUGAAGCACUGGAAAGAGGUGGUGGAGAUUUAUGCCAAGGGGAUAUGGCUCGUUUCGUUUUUGAUGCGAUUCAAAGGAAGGAUGGAGAGACGAUGCUAAGUAAAGUUGUAUAUUAUGGUGGAGAUCUAACACUCUAUGAUGAAAGUGGAGACACGCCUCUUCACGUUGCUAUUAGAAAAAGAAAUUGCAGCAUUGUUAGGUAUUUAAUGAAUCAAGGGGUAGAUGUUCACGCUUUGGACAAACAAGGACUGAGUUGUAUUAGUUUAGCUAAUCAACUCAAUGACAUAGGCAUCCUAAACAUUUGUCGUGGUAAAUUUGAAACAUGGCUUAAAGACAAGCCUAGAGCUGGAAAUGAAAGCUCAUCGUCGCUUGCGGAACAGAGCUGAUCGAUUAGAGGAUAUGUGAAAGAGUAUAUUCUGUUUUUUAUGUGUUUUGUAUGAUUUUAUUUAAUCUGUGAGAAUGAGUCUGAACUUAUUGAAAUUGAAGAAACAAGUAUUUGAAU